AUGGCCCAACAUCACUAUGACGCCCUGAUCGUCGGCGCCGGCUUCGGCGGCAUCUACCAGCUGCACAAGCUCCUCUCUCUCGGCCUCUCGGUACGUGUCGUCGACGUGGCCGGCGACGUCGGAGGCACAUGGUACUGGAACCGAUACCCCGGCGCCAUGAGCGACACCGAGUCCUUCGUGUACAGGUAUUCCUGGGACACCGAGGAUCUACAGACGUACCCGUGGAGUCACCAUUACGUGAAGCAGCCGGACGUGUUACGAUACUUGGAGCAUGUUGUCGAGAAGUUUGGGUUCAGAAAAUACAUGCAGUUCAACACCGAGAUGGUGGGCGCAGACUGGGACGACGAGGCGGGCGUUUGGAGAGUCGAGAUUGGGGACGGAGACGUCUUCGUCGUGAGGUACCUGGUCACCGCGUUGGGACUCCUUUCCAGGGCAAAUUAUCCUGACAUUCCUGGCAUUGAGGAGUUCCGAGGCGAGAUGUGCCAUACGGCCAAGUGGAGGCCGGAGCUGGAUGUCGCGAACAAGAGAGUGGGAGUCAUUGGGUGUGGAUCGACCGGAGUGCAGGUCAUCACGGAUAUCGCAAGCAAGGUCAAGACCUUGACAUCGUUCCAGCGACAUCCGCAGUAUUCAGUCCCGAGUGGAGACGGCCCUGUGAGUGCCGAGUACAGGGCGCACGUCAACCAGAAUUACCCGGAGAUCAUGAAGCAGGUGCGCAACUCGAUAUGCGGGUUCGGCUUCGUGGAGUCGACGACUCCCUUCCAGUCGGUCCCAGAAGAGGAACGAGAGCACGUCUUUGAACAACUUUGGCAGAAGGGCAACGGCUUCCGCUUCAUGUUCGGUGGGUUCAGCGACAUCUCGACAGAUCGCGAGGCAAACGAGGCAGCAUGUGCGUUCAUCCGCAAGAAAAUCGCCCAGAUCGUCAAAGAUCCCGAGAAGGCCCGGAAGCUCAUGCCCCGCGACUACUACGCGAGAAGACCGCUCUGUGACGGCGGCUACUACGAGCAGUUCAACCGAGACAACGUCGAGAUCGUGGAUCUUACGCAGACGGCCAUCACGAGGAUCACGCCCACGGGGAUCGAGACCGACGAUGGCACCGUCCAUGAAAUGGACGUCAUCAUCUUUGCCACGGGCUUCGACGCGAUCGAUGGCAACUACAACCGCGUGAGGAUCCGCGGCAGGGCAGGGGAGACGUUGAAGCAACACUGGGAACCGGCCGGUCCGACCAGUUAUCUUGGUGUCUUUGUACCCGGAUUUCCGAACCUGUGCAUGAUUACAGGGCCGCAAGGUCCUUUCAGCAACAUCCCGCCCGCCAUCGAACUGCACGUCGAGCUGAUUGCGUCAAUGAUCGAGCGGGCCGAGCAAAGUAGGCGAGUUGGGCGCACCGCUGUCCACGAUGUGAUCGAGGCACUCCCGGAGGCAGAAGAAGAAUGGGUACGACAAUGUGAACGAGCAGCAGAAGGGAGCCUGUUCAAAGAAACCGCGUCCUGGAUAUUUGGCAAUAACGUCACAGGAAAGAAAGUCGCAUUACGGUUCUACUUUGGUGGACUGGCCAAGUAUAGAGAGGCGGUCCAAAGUAUCAUUGAUGAUGGUUACCGCGGGUUCAGGCCACUAGGUGAGCAGACCACGGCAUCAGAGACGGCAGUGAGGGCGAACCAUGUACCUAUCGAAGUUGUGAAUGUCCCUUCAGGGCUGGUCAAGAGCUGA